UGGGUAGCUCCGUUGGACAACGAGAUGAAACCCCAAGAUGCAGAUGGAAGACUCCCGGCUUCCUUCAUGUUCGGGCCGCAAUUUAUAGAACAAAAGCUCUAUCAGCUGUGCUCAUCGGAGGACGUCGCCCUAGCGAAAUCUCUCAUACGAGUCGGCUCAUUGUUCCUGGAAGACCUGCAAGCCCGGCAGCCAUUCACCGAGGAACGCUACGGCUCGGUCCGCAAGGUCUACGUAGUAUGCAAGCAAGAUGUGACCAUACCAGAGGCGUACCAAAGGUUGAUGGUGGCCAACAACCCGGUGGACGAGGUCAGAGAGAUCGACGGUGCAGAUCAUAUGGCGAUGCUCUCGGCGCCUGAACAGGUUGUCAAGUGCAUCCUCGACAUCGCUGAGAAAUAUAAGUAA